AUGUCACUGGCUAGAGCAUUCUGGGGCCAGGGGAGGGAGAUCAGCCCGCAUCCGGGUCACCAGGAGCACCUCCAUGGCAAGGGACGGGACUCGUGCACAAAUUACCCACUUCCUGGCUGGGAUAAGGCUGAGCUGCACAGCCUCCAGCGUCGGGGCAGGUGGACCCCCUUUGCCCACCGCAUUAAGCUCGGGGCGGGGGUCGUGUCUCUCCGGGUUCCUGCCUCCUCUCUCCAUUUCCACCUUAUCUUUAGGUCUUUCACGUUUCCCUCCCUCGGAGAACCUAAGAGUCAGAGGCUCCAUCACAGUCAGGUGGGCUGCGUUGCCUCCGCCUGUGCUGCGACCCACCCAAGAGACUCGCAUUCAUCCCCUUCGCAGCGGGUGUUGUGGGCCGGAGCGGCCGCCGUAGCCCUGGCAGCCGCGUCCCGGCAUACCCCGCCCCUGGUCGGCGCUGUUUUGGGGCUCCCGGUAGCUCAGCCUGGGGUUGAGGUCCCGGGACGCUGUACCGCCUCCCGCGGGGUCGUCACGGCCCUGCCGGCUUCGGUGAGGGGGCCACGGGAAGACGUUGGUCCUGCUGCGCUGAGCCCGGUGGCGGCCGGGGCGGAUCCCGAGGCGGGAGCCAGGCAGUGCGAUGCUGGCGUGAGGCUCGAGCUCCGAGCCCGGCGGGAGAAGCGCGGGCCUGGAGUGCGUGCAGUUCUGGAAGUGAACCGCGGUGCAGACCGGCUUGGAGUAGUGCAGGGUCUCGGCCUGUGGCCCCUCGCCUCGGGGGGCUCGUCGGCAGCCGGUGUCGCCGUGGGGCUGUUGCAGCCUGAGCCGCUGUCAAGCAGCCUCAGAGAAGCACUUAGAAAAGAUGCGCAGGUGAUACUCACCCAUAAUCAAGCUGCUCCUCUGCCUGCGAUGAAUAGUAAAAGCAUGUUUUUAGCAAGACUGAACUCUAGUGAUGAGAAGCAGGAUUUGCAGAGAGAGAUGCCCAAGAACUCUCAGGACAAAAGGGAAAGAAUGCCAUUUAAAUGACCUUCAAAAUCUGGACUUGUGUGCUGAUUUAUUUGGGAAGGAAACAGAGAGUUUAUCAGAUUAGAGAGCCAUGAUUCAGUCUCCAAGUCUCCAAGAAACGUACAUCCUAAAUAAAAACCUCCACACCUUGGCAUCUAAUCAGGACAAGAAAAACCCGUGGUGUAUGCCUAUGAGUACUGCAGGCCACUUGGAAAUUUCUCCAGAGCCAAGACCCUAUUCCUGCUUUGUCUGUAGAAAAGCCCUCCGGAUGAAGAGUGGCUUAGUAAAGCACAGGAGGAGCCACUCCAAGAACCAGCCCCAGAAAUAUGCAAAGUGCACCAACAAACUCAGCGGGCAGCUGGGACAGGGAGGGGCCCCGACAUUCCCUGGAAGGAAGAAGCCAUUCCAGUGUGGUGAGUGCGGGCAGAGCUGCUACUUGAGGUGCAGUCUGGCCACCAGGCUGUCCACACAGGACAGUGGCCACUCCCCUGCCCUGACAGUGGCAAGGCCUUCCGAUAGAAGGGUAACUUGAAGCACCUGCAUCUGCACAGUGGGGAGAAGCCGUUCGCUGCAAGGAGUGCAGCGAGGGUUUUGCCCAGCAGUGGAAGCUCACCGAGCACCUUUGCCAGCACAAGGGGAAGAAUCCCUUCUGCUGCCUGGGGUGUGGCAGGUACUUUCCCAGGAAGGCUGCCCUGAAGACCCACCGUAGGACACACAGUGGGGAAAAGUUGUUUGCUUAUGAUGAGUGCGGGAGGAAAUUCAUCUACAAGACUAAGCUCAUGGAGCAUGUCGGGGUCACACAGGAGAGAAGUCCUUUCCUUGUCUGGUGUAUUACAAGAGCUUCCUCAGAGAAGCCUCACAGCCCACCAAUCCCAGCAUGGGGCAAAGCAGCCCUUCCCGUGCCCCCAGUGUGGCUGGAGCUUCUUCUGGAGAAAUGGCAUGAGGGCCCACCAGCACCUGCACAGUGAGGAGAAGCCCUUCUCCUGUGGGGAGUGUGGCAAGAGAUUCACCUGGCCCUUCCAGCUGGCACACCACGCUGGCAUCCACACCAGGCCGAAAAAGUAAAUGAAAGACUUAUACACUGGAAAUGACAGUACUCUGAAAAAGGAGAUGAAGAGAAUAUCAGAAAUUGAAAGAUAGCCCUUGUUUUUGGAUAGGCAGAAACAAUAUAGUGAAAAUGCCCAUAAUUCCAAAACUGUUAUACAGAUUUAAUGCACUUCCAAUCAAAAUACCAAUA